AUGGGAAAGCGCGCGGGGACGGGUGUGCUUGGGGCAGCAGCAAGGCAGGCUGGGAAGCUGCUGCACCGCGCAGACCUGCGCCUGGGCCGCCCGCUGCUGGCGACGCUGGCGCUGCUGGCCGUGCUCGACUGGCUGUGCCAGUGCCUGCUGCCCCCGCUGGCCGCACUCGCCGUGUUGGCCGCCGCCGGCUGGAUCGCGUUGUCCCGCCUGGAGCGCCCGCCGCGCCUGCCCGUGGCCACUCGCGCGGUGCUCAUCACCGGUUGUGACACUGGCUUUGGCAAGGAGACGGCCAAGCAACUGGACAUUAUGGGCUUCACGGUACUAGCCACUGUGUUGGACUUGGAGAGCCCCGGGGCCCUGGAGCUACGAGCUUGCUGUUCCCCACGCCUGAAGCUGCUGCAGAUGGACCUGACCAAGCCGGAGGACAUUGGCCGUGUUCUAGAGUUCACCAAGGCCCACACCUCUAGUUCAGGCCUGUGGGGCCUCGUCAACAAUGCGGGUUACAAUGACGUUGUGGCCGAUGCGGAGUUGUCGCCAGUGGACACCUUCCGCAGCUGCAUGGAAAUCAACUUCUUCGGGGCCCUGGAGCUAACCAAGGGCCUCCUUCCACUGCUACGCCGCUCUAGGGGUCGUCUGGUGACGCUGGGCAGUCCGGCUGGGGACAUGCCGUACCCGUGCCUGGGGGCCUAUGGGACAUCCAAGGCGGCCAUGGUACUGCUCAUGGACACCUUCAGCUGCGAGCUCCUGCCCUGGGGUGUCAAAGUCAGCGUCAUCCAACCAGGUUGCUUCAAGACAGAGUCUGUGCUGAAUGAGGGUCGCUGGGAGCAGCGCAAACAGCUGCUGCUGAAUAACCUGCCCCGAGAGCUGCUGCAGGCCUACGGCAAGGACUACAUCGAGCACGCGCACGUGCAAUUCCUACAUUCGCUCCGCCUGGCGCUCCCGGACCUCAGCCCCGUGGUAGACGCCAUCAUCGACGCGCUGCUGGCCGCCCAGCCGCGCCGCCGCUAUUACCCGGGCCGGGGCGUGGGGCUCAUGUACUUUAUCCAUCACUACCUGCCGGAGGGCCUGAGGCGCCGCUUCCUGCAGAACUUCUUCAUCAGUCCCUGCCUGCCGCUGGCCCUUCGACCAGGCCAGCCCAGCCCCUCCCCUGCCCAGGACGCAGCCCUGGACCCGAACCUCCACCCAGGCCAGUCUCCAGCUGUGCCCGGUGUGCAGGAGCACAUGCGGCCUAGGCACUCCAGCCCGGGGGGGCCCCCAGAGGCCUUUUGUGAGCCCUCAGGCUUGUCCCAAAGCUCGGGCUAGCGUGCCAGGCCCCACCAGGGGAAAAAGCUGCCCAGGGAGCCGCCAGGCCUCUCCUCUGCUUCCUGAGCCCGAAGCACUUCCAGCGCACCCUGCACUCCAUUCUUCGGACAGCGCUCCUGCACACUUGAGUGGCUGGGUGGGCCAAAGACCCUCUCAGGACUUUCUCGGCACCAGUGCCUCUGUGCUAAGAUUCAAACGGUCAUUCCCAACUGCCUCUUGACCACCCACUUCCAGCCCGCUGAGCCACGGGGAGGCUUCACAGCCUACUUGCUAGACUGCCACUUUUUAAAUAAAAGACACCUUUUUAUUUCUCUGA